CAGUGCCGCACUGUGGCUGGGCGAGCAGCAUCAGACAUGAACCAGGUGAUCGUGUUCUUGGUCAUGGCCAUGGGAACCCACAGCCUCAAUUUUCGCAUCCGGAAGGACUGCGCCCACUGGCCCAGCUGCUGCCCCGGCAAAAGGCAGGACCCCGCUCAUGAGUGGCUGAAGGGGAACACUGUGCUCAGGUUCCCCCGAGAGGCCACGGGCCUCACCCACCACCCAGAAUCCUGCAGGGCCAGUGAAGAUGGACCCCUCAACAGCAGGUCUAUCUCUCCCUGGAGAUAUGAGUUGGACCGGGACUUGAACCGGCUCCCCCAGGACCUGUACCACGCCCGCUGCCUGUGUCCACACUGCGUCAGCCUCCAGACGGGCUCCCACAUGGACCCCCUGGGCAACUCGGAGUUGCUCUACCACAACCAGACCGUCUUCUACCGGAGGCCGUGUCCCGGCGAGCAAGGUGCCCAGGAUGGCUACUGCCUGGAGCAGCGGCUCUAUCAGGUCUCCUUGGCUUGUGUGUGUGUGCGGCCACGAGUGAUGGCCUAGUCGUGCUGCCUGUGCCCGGUUCCCGGUCGGACCACCCGCCAUGGCGAGCCAGAAUGCCUGAGUGCUCAGCCCCUCCAAAGAACUACUUGGAGCAGCAAGACUGUGGGACAGGAUCGGGGACUUUCAGGGGGA